CCGCCCGCCCGUCCCCAUGGCAGCCGCCGGGCCGGGCCGGGCCAUGGCGGCGGCCGCUCUCUGCUUGGGCCGGGCCCCGCCGCCGCCAUCGCGGCCGCGGCCGCCGCUGGUGGUGAUCCUCGGCGCUACCGGCACCGGCAAGUCGGCGCUGGCGCUGCAGCUCGGCCUACGACUCGGUGGGGAGAUCGUCAGCGCCGAUUCCAUGCAGGUGUACAAGGGCUUGGACAUCAUCACGAACAAGGUUUCUCCCCAGGAGCAGCGUCUGUGCAGACACCACAUGAUCAGCUUUGUGGAUCCCCUUGUCUCUAACUACACGGUGGUGGAUUUCAGAGACAAAGCUGUGGCUCUGAUUGAAGAUAUCUUUGCCCGAGACAAGAUCCCGAUUGUUGUGGGAGGAACCAACUACUACAUCGAGUCCCUGCUCUGGAAGGUCCUUAUCAACACAAAGGAGAAGGCCAGCACAGCCCCCGGGCUGGUCACCGACAGGAAAGUGGAGCUGGAGCAGCUGGACGGCGUUGAGCUCCAUCGCCGCCUGAGCCAGGUGGACCCAGAGAUGGCGGCCAAGCUGCACCCCCACGACAAGCGCAAAGUGGCCAGGAGCCUCCAAGUGUUUGAAGAGACGGGGAUCCCCCAUAGUGAAUUCUUGCACCAGCAGCAGGAGGAGGAAGGUGGGGGGCCCUUAGGUGGGCCCCUGAAAUACCCACAUUCCUGCAUCCUGUGGCUCCAUGCAGACCAGGCAGCUCUGGACCAGCGGCUGGAGAAGCGGGUGGAUGACAUGCUGGCUGCGGGACUGCUGGAGGAGCUGCGGGACUUCCACCGACGCUACAACCGAGAGAAGGUGGCUGAGAACCGGCAGGAUUACCAGCACGGCAUCUUCCAGUCCAUCGGCUUCAAGGAGUUCCAUGAGUACCUCGUCAGUGAGGGGAAUUGCUCGCCUGAGACCAGUGCCCUGCUGCUGCAAAAAGGGAUCCAGGCCCUGAAACAGGUGACCAAGAGAUAUGCCCGGAGGCAGAACAAAUGGGUCCGAAACCGCUUCCUGAGACCAAUAAAAAGCAGCACCUGCUGGAGUCUGGCACGCAGCAGCCUUGAUGGCUUUGUCCGAGUGGGGCCGUGUGCCCGAUGUCUGCGGGGAGGUCCCGGGCCCAACGUGCCCCCGGUGUAUGGCUUGGAGGUGUCUGAUCUCUUGCGGUGGGAGGAGGAUGUGCUGAAACCUGCUCUGGAGAUUGUGGAGAGCUUCAUCCAGGGACGUGAGCCCCCAGCAGAGCCUGUGAAGAUGGAGUACGAUGUAAACGAGAACAAACGGAGUCAUCGCGUGUGUGAGCUCUGCGACAGAGUCAUCAUUGGGGACAGGGAGUGGGCAGCUCACACACGAUCCAAAUCCCACCUGCACCAUCUGAAGAAGAGAAGGAAGCUGGAGGCCGCCAGCCAUGUUGCAAAGACUGAGGGGGACAGUGGGGGCCCAGAGACCUUGGGCAAGGACAGCAGCUUGCCUUUGCCAUAGGCCUGCAAACCAGCUGGCGAAGGGGAGCAGCCGCGCUUCCACCUGUACGGCGAGGAAGCGACUUAGUCCUGGGUGGCCUUGAACCGAACGAGCUGAGUCAUUUUUUUCGGGAUGAGGCAGGUGUGUAAGUGAUGGCCAAAGGCCGUCGGCUGCAUCAGAUCCUCUUCAUGUGGCCUCAUCGCGCCGUGUUCCCAUGCUUCCCCAGCCCUGCCUGGAAAGGGCUGGGCCCUGGGGCAAGGCUGCUAGGAGCAUCCUCCCAUGCCAAGCGUUAAUUCCUGCCAGAGACGCAGCAUUAUCCUUGGAAUGGUUGAGCUGAUCCUGCUGGCAUGCAAACGUGUCGUUCUCAGAGACAGAAAUACCCUGCACUCCUCCAGCUUGGCCAGGAGUGCAGCUCCGGAGCUGAGUGAGCUCUUACUGCCUUUAUUGUGGAGAGGAUUUUUUUUUUCUUUUAUAUGGAAAUAAUGCUGCAAGAUUCUUGCGGGUUCCCCUCCCUAUUAACAAGCGCAGUUUUCUUGCUCUCUGUUUCCACCUGGCCCAAGUUCCCUGCUCUGGGCACAGGGCAGGACGUCCAGGCCUGGUUCCUUCUUCCAGUCACCUUUUCUGCAGCUUCUGAGGGAGCUGAGCAGAUGUUCUCAGCUUGGUGGAGGCAGGCUGAUCCCUAUGCACAUAGCAGGUGCAGAAGGAGCUGGCACCUGUUAAACAGGAACUUGGAAAUGAUCUCAUCAAGUUUGCAACAGAUGAGCCUGUCCUAGUUAAAGCUGAAUUCCCGGGGGUUUACACUGUGGUUUGGCAGUGGGAACCGGCCCCGCAUUUGAAUCCGAGUUGCUGAGCAGCAAAUUCCUUGUGCCACGUCCGCGAGGCAGUUGGUCUCCGCAGCGUCCUUCCUGGAGGACGCAAGCGCCGUCUGCCCCACCGCGCUUCCCGGCGUGCCGCUCUGGGUGAAACUGGGACGGCCUUUUCCAGGGCAUUUGGGAUUCUCCUGGCAAAUGCAAUCAAGACGGUUCCUCCUGGGAGGGUUUUGGGUUGGUAGAGCACAAAUUUUUCCUUCAGCUGCUUGCGAUACACCAUGUGGCAAGAGCCAUCUCUCAGGGCUCAGCCUGCGAGGGGAAGAGCUGCGUGGGUGGAUCUGCCAUCGCAGGCUCUGGAGAUGCCUGCUCUGGUGGGGAUUAGAUUAAACCUCCGGUUUGUGUUCCUCAGCACUGAAUUAUUUCUGUAACGCUCCGUGGGGCGGCUGCCUUGAGCUGUUUGAUAGGGGUGUGGGGUGGCUAGGGAGCUCGGACUGAAAGGAAUAUGCAGGGAAGAGCUGGGAAUUUGGGUUGGCUUUUCUCUGCCAGCAUUGGGCAGAGCCGGGCAUCAGCUUUGAAAUUCUGGGCACCGCGUUUGUGUUGCUGGGUCUGUCUGCAGCGCCAGCUGAACCUCUUCUCCAGCCCAGACUUGUUUGCCAUCCACGCUGACUCAAGCGUGUAUGAGGAUACGGGCUCAGCACUGGCGCCCACGGCCAAGGGGUCAUGGCGUGGAACUGUCUUCUCCUAGCCUGGAUGGACGAGAUGGAGGUGAGGCCGGGUGUAAAGCCCCAUUUGCCGCUGAUGUGCCGAGUGUGGUCUUCUGAUAGACGGCAUGACACCUUGAGUCAUCUCCCCAGGCCAGGCUAGGAUCAUCGGGGCAGCUCUGUGAAUGAGGGGUGGGAUUAUCUGCUCUGUCUCCUGAGUGCACUCAGAUGACCAUACUGUUAGAAAUGGAUUUAAUAUCCUUAAUCGGUUUAAUAUGAACUUUGUUAUCCCCACAGAUAAAUGUUAUUCCUCUACCACAA